AUGCCUUCACCACACACUAACUUGUCUUUGCCCGACCCCUCUCAGCCAACUCUGAAAAUUGCCAGCUACCAUGCUCUUGAGAACGGAUCCUCCCAGACACAAGAAGAAGCGAAAGUCACGGAUAUGGAUUCUAUUGCUGGCUGGCUCGUCGAUGCAUCCACACUCGAAACAUGUCUGGUCAUCCGCAAGGGCAAGGUUACUAAGAAGUUGUUGCUAACGCCCCAUUUCAGCGAUCUUGUUGUUCCCGAGGAGGUUGUGUCCAACCGCCACUGUGAAUUUUCGACAAACUCGGCGGGUUUUGUCUUGUGCAAGGACUUGAGCCUCAACGGCACCUACUGGAACGGAGCUGAGAUUGGCAGAGGCGAGUCUGUGAUCCUCUCGCAUGGCGACAAAAUCAUUCUCAGGAACAGUAACCGCUAUAUGUUCCAGGACUUAGCCAAGGACAUGCUCGAUCACGUCGAUCCAGACAUCGGGAUUGUCGAAAAGACAUAUCGCAUCCUGCCUCGGACCCUGGGAAAAGGAACCUUUGCGAGAGUGAACCUUGCGGUCCACCGCAAGUCCAACAUGCAGCUCGCGGUCAAAAUCAUGGACAGGAUCCGGUAUGGUAAACCGGAAUACUCUGGUGGGACUAACAUCGAGAACGAAGUCGCUCUCUUACGUACCUUUCGUCAUGUUAGUGAUUCGACUUGUCUGAUGGGCGGCGGAGACUUGUUUGACAGGUUGGUCAGGAACGGACCUAUUCCAGAGCUCGAAGCCAAAUUCUUGGCCUACCAGGCCUUCAUUGCCCUGCAGCAUCUCCACAGCAUGGGCAUCUCUCACCGAGAUUUGAAGCCCGAGAACAUACUGCUGACGGCCAAUGCAGAGUACCCUCGCGUCUUGCUUAGCGACUUUGGCAUGGCUUGCGAGUGCGGCGACAAGAAUGUCAUGGGUACCAUGUGCGGCACGUUUGCCUACAUGGCACCAGAGGUGUUUGACGUGAAGCACUCUAAUGGACCUGGGUAUGGGUAUGCAGCAGACUGCUGGAGUCUAGGGGUCACCUUCUAUGUGAUCCUGUCUGGCACCCAUCCUUUCACUCCCAACUACGCCACUGAGGACGAAAAGAACAUGCGACUCAAGAUGCGCCGUGAGGUCGAGUUUCCUCCAAAGUACUGGUCAGGGAUCAGCGUGGAGGCCCGAGUCUUGAUUCGAUUCCUGUUGACCAUCGACCCCAAGAAGCGAUGGACUGCCGAAGAUGUCCUCGAGUCCCAGUGGAUUCAAAAGGAUGUAGCCUGGCUCCGCACAAAGUACCGAGAGAACGUUUUGCAGCACUGGUUCAAGUCGUGCCAGGGCCUUGAUAGAAUUGUGCAACCCCGCCAGCAGGAGGCGGCAGUGUAUUUGAACCCUGGUGUGAAGCGGUCGCAAGGCCAGGUUGAGCAGCAGGAGCAGACGGAGAGUGGCGGUUCGCGUGCCAAGAGAGCAGCGAUGAAGAAGGUCGUGUCCCUCGAGAGUGACAAGAGUCUUUCUGACUCCCGUCGCGAGUCUUCGGCGACCAGCAACAACCAUUGGUCAGCAGCCGUUCCUGAUAUCUCGAAUAGCAAGAACGUCGAGGGGUCGUGGUAA